AUGCUGGGCGCUAUCGCGAGCUUAAACGCUCGUAUCCGUUCCAACAAGGUCCUGGAUUAUAUCUGCUCGACUCACUUCUGGGGCCCGGUUUCGAACUUCGGUAUUCCUCUGGCGGCCAUUACAGAUAUCAAAAAGGACCCAGAAAUUAUCUCAGGACAAAUGACUGGUGCCUUGGUUGUUUAUUCGGCGGUCUUCAUGCGAUACUCGGUCGCUGUCACACCCAAGAACUAUCUUCUUUUCGCUUGCCACUUCAUCAACGAGUGCUCGCAGUUAACACAAGGCUACCGUUACCUACAAUUCCACCACUGGGGAGGACGAGAAAUCGCCCAGAAGGCCAAGGAAGCGGCCGGAGAAGCUGCUGGGAAGGCUGAGGACUCUGUUAGCAAGGCUGUCAGCAAGAUCAAAUCUUCGGCGGGAACAAAUUGA